AAAAGUGAUUAAGAUGGAAAGUGUUUUUGUUUGUUGUGAUACUUCCGUGUUCUUUAAUUUUUCUUCCAUUUUUCAAGUGUGAACAGUGAACUCAUAGAGUCAUAGUGGACACUUUUUCUUUUUCUUCCCCACUAAGAGCACGUUUAUUGAAGAAGAAAAAGUCAUAUUUUAUUCCCUUUUUUUUUUGCUUUUCUAAUAUGGAAAAAAGCUUAGAGGAAAAGACUUUUGAUUGCUUAAGUUAAUAAUUUCUUUUUGGUCUUUUGUGUUGCACUACAUACAUGGUUGCAAAAGAGUUUUCUAAUAUAUCAAUUGCAAACACUAAAAUUUUCUUUGCUACAAUUUUGUAACUAUUUUAUCUUUAUUUCAGAUAUGAGGAGAUUUUUGGUUGAUAGAGAAAAUAUUGAGAAUGUGAAUGUUGUGCAACCGGAAGCUGAAUUAGAACCACCACUUAAUAAUGUGGUUAAUGAGUUUAAUCCAAAUGAGAUUGUGCGUGAUCCAGGUCGUAGGAAACAAAUUAAUGAGUAUGCUCCGGAUAUUCAAGACCAAGUGAGGAGGGCAUAUAUAUUGAAGGGUCCAAUGCAACCAGAUUUGUCAAACUUUCCUCGUACUCAAUUUGGAAGUGUUAAAAGAGCAUUUAGUAAAUCAUGGUAUAAGAAUUAUACAUGGUUAGAAUUCAGUGAGAUAAAGGAUGCAGCUUAUUGUUUUUAUUGUUUUCUAUUUAAGCAACCCGGGAGGGCCGAGCACUUUGGUUUUGAAGUCUUCACUAAAAGCGGAUAUAGAGAUUGGAAGCAUGCAUCUCAAGGCUUGAAAGGUCAUGUUGGUAGUCAUAAUAGUUUGCACAACUCAUGUGUCAAGCACUACAAUGAUUAUAAUAAUCAAAGACAAAGUGUGACAAGUAAGUUUGCUAAAGCAACCAAGGAAUCAGAAGAAUUGUAUAAGAUUCGUUUGACUUGUUCUUUAGAUUGUUCAAGAUAUCUCAUAGCACAAGGCAUGGCUUUCCGUGGCCAUGAUGAAUCCUCUACUUCGCUAAAUAAGGGCAAUUUUAGAGAGAUGGUAGAUUGGGUAAAAUCUCAGAAUGAACAAGUGAGGGAUGCUUUUGACCGUGGUGGAAAAAAUUGCAAAAUGACUUGCGGUGACAUUCAAAAGGAGCUUGCAACGUGUUGUGCACAUGAAGUUACCAAGGUGAUUAUGGAAGAGCUUGGUGAUAGACAAUUCUCUGUGCUUAUUGACGAGUCACGUGAUAUAUCCGUCAAAGAGCAAAUGGCGGUGAUGUUGAGGUUUUUGAAUGACAAAGGGAAUGUUGUGGAACGAUUUAUUGCUCUACAUCAUGUCACAGAUACUUCAUCUAAGUCAUUAAAGGAUGCUCUUUAUGGUAUUCUUGAUAAGUACACAUUAUCUAUUUCAAGGAUACGAGGGCAAGGAUAUGAUGGAGCUUCAAAUAUGAGAGGUGAAUUUAAUGGUUUGCAAAGAAAAAUUCUAGAUGAAAAUCCUUAUGCUUUCUAUGUCCAUUGUUAUGCUCACCGUUUGCAAUUGGUUGUUGUGUCUGUUACUAGUAGUUGCUCAUCUAUUCAUGAUUUCUUUGAGUACAUCACCUUGAUUGUGAAUACAACAAGUGCAUCUUGUAAGAGGAGGGAUGCUUUGACAGAGGCACAACACAAAGAUAUUUUAAAUAAACUUGAGAGUGGUGAGAUAUCUAGAGGAAGGGGCUUACACCAAUCAUCUAGUCUCACUAGACCCGGGGAUACUAGAUGGGGUUCACAUCAUACUACAUUGCUUCGUUUGGAUCAAAUGUGGUCCUCCGUGUUAAAGGUGCUUAGUAUGGUUGAUGAAGAUGGACGUGGACCAUCUCAAGCAGCAGGUUUGAUAGAAAAAAUGGAGAGCUUUAAAUUUGCUUUUAUUUUGAGGUUAAUGUUAAAGUUGUUUGGUAUCACAAACGAGCUUUCAAAUGUAUUGCAAAGAAAAGAUCUUAAUAUUGUGAAUGCCAUGGAAUUAGUUGAUGUUGUCAAAGCUCGGUUGGGCACAAUGAGAGAGAGUGGCUGGAAUAAUUUUUUUGCCGAUGUCCAAGGAUUUUGUGUAGCUAAAAGUAUUCUGGUACCAAAUAUGGAUGACGAAAUACCGGUUCGGGGUCGUUCAAGAGCAGAAGGGAGGACUAUCACUAAUCUUCAUCAUUACCGUGCAAAGAUUUUUUAUGUUGCUAUUGAUAAAAUAUGUGUGGAGAUGGAUCACCGCUUUAGUGAAGGAAGUAACAUUAUACUUGAUUGCUUCUCAUGUCUUGACCCCAAGAACUCUUUCUCCAAGUUUGAUGUUGAUAAGCGUCUUGCUGAUAUUUAUCAUGCAGACUUUUCUGAUGAUGACCGAGGAACAAUUAGGGAUCAACUUGAAACUUAUGUGCUUCAAGUGAGAAGAAAUGCUUCUUUUUCCACUUGUGAAGAUGUUCAAAGUUUGGCUAUGAAGAUGGUUCAAACUGAGAAACAUUUGGUAUUUCCAUUGGUUUAUAAACUUAUUGAGCUAGCUUUGAUAUUGCCGGUGUCGACAGCAUCCGUUGAAAGAGCUUUUUCAGCAAUGAAGAUUAUCAAGUCUAAAUUGCGCAAUAAGAUCAACGAUGUGUGGUUCAAUGACUUGAUGGUAUGUUACACCGAGCGGGAGAUAUUCAAGUCGCUUGAUGAUAUUGAUAUUAUUCGAACAUUUACCGCAAAGAAGUCUCGGAAAGGACACUUGCCUCGUAAUUUUAUUUAACCCGCUAUUGUAAGAUUAUGUUUAUCUCUUUUAUUUUAAACUAUAUUUUUGUUGACAAAAUGACGAGUCUCUUUUAUUUUGAUUGAUUACUAUUUACA